AAUGGGACUUGAGGCUGGGCGGGCUGCUUGGGGACUGCAGAGGAAGAAGGGGGCUGCCGGCAAACCUGCUGACUCAGGCUCCACGAGGGAGCAAGUAACACUGGACUCCUUUCGGCACUCCGAGAAUGGGGUGGGGGCGUCUUCAAAGGAUUUUCCUCCCUUCCCAGUGCUUGUCCCUGCUCUCGACAUGGCUGGGCUCCCUGCUGUUGUUGGUCUGUCUCCUGGCGAGCAGGAGUAUCACCGAGGAGGUGUCGGAGUACUGUAGCCACAUGAUUGGGAGUGGACACCUGCAGUCUCUGCAGCGGCUGAUUGACAGUCAGAUGGAGACCUCGUGCCAAAUUACCUUUGAGUUUGUAGACCAGGAACAGUUGAAAGAUCCGGUGUGCUACCUUAAGAAGGCAUUUCUCCUGGUACAAGACAUAAUGGAGGACACCAUGCGCUUCAGAGACAACACCCCCAAUGCCAUCGCCAUUGUGCAGCUGCAGGAACUCUCUUUGAGGCUGAAGAGCUGCUUCACCAAGGAUUAUGAAGAGCAUGACAAGGCCUGCGUCCGAACUUUCUAUGAGACACCUCUCCAGUUGCUGGAGAAGGUCAAGAAUGUCUUUAAUGAAACAAAGAAUCUUCUUGACAAGGACUGGAAUAUUUUCAGCAAGAACUGCAACAACAGCUUUGCUGAAUGCUCCGGCCAAGAUGUGGUGACCAAGCCUGAUUGCAACUGCCUGUACCCCAAAGCCAUCCCUAGCAGUGACCCGGCCUCUGUCUCCCCUCAUCAACCCCUCGCCCCCUCCAUGGCCCCUAUGGCUGGCUUGACCUGGGAUGACUCUGAGGGAACUGAGGGCAGCUCCCUCUUGCCUGGUGAGCAGCCCCUGCGCACAGUGGAUCCAGGCAGUGCCAAGCAGCGACCACCCAGGAGCACCUGCCAGAGCCUUGAGCCGCCAGAGACCCCGGUUGUCAAGGACAGCACCAUCGGUGGCUCACCACAGCCUCGCCCCUCUGUCGGGGCCUUCAGCACCGGGAUGGAGGAUAUUCUUGAUUCGGCAGUGGGCACUAACUGGGCCCCAGAAGAAGCCUCUGGAGAGGCCAGUGAGAUUCCCGUGUCCCAAGGGACAGAGCUUUACCCCUCCAGGCCAGGAGGGGGCAGCAUGCAGACAGAGCCCGCCAAACCCAGCAACUUCCUCUCAGCAUCUUCUCCACUCCCUGCAUCAGCAAAGGGCCAACAGCUAGCAGAUGUCACCGGCCAUGAGAGGCAGCGCGAGGGAUCCUCCAGCCCGCAGCUCCAGGAGUCUGUCUUCCACCUGCUGGUGCCCAGUGUCAUCCUGGUCUUGCUGGCCGUCGGAGGCCUCUUGUUCUACAGGCGGAGGCGGCGGAGCCGUCAAGAGCCUCAGAGAGCGGAUUCUCCCUUGGAGCAGCCAGAAGGCAGCCCCCUGACUCAGGAUGAGGACAGACAGGUGGAACUGCCAGUGUAGAGGGAAUUCUAAGCUGGACGCACAGGACAGUCUCUCCGUGGGAGGAGACAUUAUGGGGCGUCCACCACCACCCCUCCCCGGCCAUCCUUCUGGAAUGUGGUCUGCCCUCCACCAGAGGACCGGACCAGAGCAGCCAGGCUAGGGCCCCUCUGUCUCAACCCGCAGACCGUUGACUGAGAGAGGCCAGAGGAUGCUCCCCAUGCUGCCACUAUUUAUUGUGAGCCCUGGAGGCUCCCAUGUGCUUGAGGAAGGCCGGCGAGCCCGGCUCAGGACCCUCUUUCCUCAGGGGCUGCACCCUCCUCUCCCUCCCCUCCAUGCCAGCACCCAGGCCAGGGACCCAUCAGCCUGUGGUUUGUGGGAAAGUAGGGUGGACAUUGAGAAGUGAAAGAACCCUGCACCCAGAGGGCCCGCCUGGUGCCAAGGGAUCCCAGCCUGGACAGGCGUGGACCUGUCUCCAGAGAGAGGAGCCUGAAGUUCACAGGGCGGGACAGCGUCGUCUUGAUUUCCCGUAAAGGUGUCAGCCUGAGAGACGGGAAGAGGAGGCCUCUGGACCUGCUGGUCUGCACUGACAGCCUGAAGGGUCUACACCCUCGGCUCACCCAAGUGCCCUGUGCUGGUUGCCAGGCACAGAGGGGAGGCCAGCCCUGCCCUCAGGACCGGCCCGACCUGCCAGUGAUGCCAAGAGGGGGAUCAAGCACUGGCCUCUGCCUCUCCUCCUUCCAGCACCUGCCAGAGUUUUUCCGGGAGGCCAAGCAGAGGCUCCCCUCAUGAAGGAAGCCAUUGCACUGUGAACACUGUACCAGCCUGCUGAACAGCCUGCCCCCGUCCAUCCAUGAGCCAGCAUCCAUCCGUCCUCCACUCUCCAGCCUCUCCCCAGCCUCCUGCACUGAGCUGGCCUCACCAGUCGACUGAGGGAGCCCCUCAGCCCUGACCUUCUCCUGACCUGGCCUUUGACUCCCCGGGGUGGAGCGGGGUGGGAGAACCUCCUGGGCUGCCAGCCAGAGCCGGUCUUUAGGCUGUGUUGUUCGCCCAGGUUUCUGCAUCUUGCACUUUGACAUUCCCAAGAGGGAAGGAACUAGUGGGAGAGAGCCAGGGAGGGGAGGGCACAGACAGAGAGGCUGCAGGGUGAGCUCUGACUGAAGAUGGGCCUUUGAAAUAUAGGUAUGCCCCUGAGGUUGGGGGAGGGUCUGCACUCCCAAACCCCAGCCCAGUGUCCUUUCCCUGCUGCUGACAGGAACCUGGAGCUGAGCAGGUUAUCCCUGUCAGGAGCCGUGGGCUGGGCUGCAUCUCAGCCCCACCUGCAUGGCACCCAGCUCCCAUCCACUUCUCACCCUUCUUUCCUCCUGACCUUGGUUGGCAGUGAUAACCUCCAUCUCUCACCCACCCGUCUACCAUCACCUCUAACCAGGCAAGCCAGGGUGGAAGAGCAAUCAGGAGAGCCAGGCCUCAGCUUCCAAUGCUUGGAGGGCCUCCACUUCGUGGCCAGCCCAUGGUGGUGGCUCUGAGGCCUAGGUAACAGGCAACAGGGCUGCCAGUUGCCCCUGGGUUCCUUUGUGCUGCUGUGUGCCUCCUCUCCUGCUGCCCUGGGUCCUCCACUGAGAGACCCCACCCUGCCUGGCCACUGGGCCCGUGACUUUCUCUUCCUGCCCAGGAAAGUGAGGGUCUGCUGGCCCCACCUCCCCUGUCCUGAUGCUGACAGCUAAGGGAAGGGCAGUAAACUUGCAUAUGGGGCUUAGCCUUCUAGUCACAGCCUCUAUAUUUGAUGCUAGAAAACACAUAUUUUAAAAUGGAAGAAAAAAAAACAAAAAAAAAAGGCAUUCCCCCUUCAUCCCCCUACCUUAAACAUAUAAUAUUUUAAAGGUCAAAAAAGCAAUCCAACCCACUGCAGAAGCUCUUUGUGAGCACUUGGUGGCAUCAGAGCAGGAGGAGCCCCAGAGCCGCCUCUGGUGUCCCCCCAGUCUACCUGCUCAGGAACCCCUUCUGUUCUCUGAGAAGUCGAGAGAGGACAUUGGCUCACGCACUGUGAGAUUUUGUUUUUAUACUUGGAAGUGGUGAAUUAUUUUAUAUAAAGUCAUUUAAAUAUCUAUUUAAAAGAUAGGAAGCUGCUUAUAUAUUUAAUAAUAAAAGAAGUGCACAAGCUGC